UUAAAUUGCCCCUGACUGUUUAUGAAACCUGUUAUGACAACUUUAUGAUGCUUCAUUACCAUAUUUAACAUUUUGCUCUGGAUCGAGAGUUGGAAAACAAGGAACAAAUGGCCCCUUUUAUAUAUUCGUGUCUGUUUCCGAAAGACAGAUUUCUAAAUGAAAUAUUAGAAAUUGCACAUCUAUAUGUUUAUCCUUACCUUUAAUCAAUUUUUGCAUGUCCCCAGAGAGGAAGGACAGUAUGGGUUGGUGUGCUUGAAAUGUGAUGAAAAAGGGGUUGAUCUCUCUUACAGUGCUGUGAAAUAUCCCACUUUCAUGAUGAAGACAGAUUUAGCACAGUGGAUCUUCACCUCUUCUAAUUUAUUCACUUUUGGAUAGGGAAGGUCACCUCUACCUACCUACUACAUUGUAGUCUUCGACAUGUGGCCAGAGCAGCAAUACCUCUUUCUGACACAUAUUCUCAAUCCACCAAUGGGAAUGGUACAUCCAAUUCUCAUGACAUGCAAGGCAAUUGUGGAACAGCCAGUACAGGCCAGAGAGUCUGUCUUAAACCUCCAAUCCAGUGGGUUUACAUCCAUCUCUGAGUGCAUGAGUGCAUCAUGCAGUAUGAGAAAGCUGCACAAACUGAAUUCCCAACAUCUCAGGGAAGUCGGAAGCACUUACCUCUGCAGUAUUGUGAAUGCAUUCCAAUUCAUGUUUGGCAAGUCCAUUGAGAUUUGGACAAGAUUCCUGAUUCCAAUCUUUAAAAGCAAGUCCUUAAUUUUCUCAGCAAUAUCAUGAGCUGAUGAGUGGUCUGUUAAAUUUGAGCCAGUGUAUAGUCAUGACCUUGGGCCUGUCCCGUCGCCUGACAUACAUGUCUAACCAUUUAGCCUAUUGGUUCAGGCUUUCACCAAAUAAUGUAACAUACAUUCUUUCGAUACUUUACACAAAGUGAGUUUCUUAAAGUAAGGAACCAGUCCAAAAGUACACAUAUGGGCACUGGGUUCACUGCAUGCAAAUCUGGCAGCUAUCUACUUGUCAGGGAACAUCGCAGAAAAAUCUGCUUUGUGUCUUCACAUGACUUGUAAGAAUCAUGAGAAUUAGCUGGUUUUAUCACCCACAGUGCCUCUGCUGGUAGGGCUUAGUUUCUGGACAUUUGCUAACCAGAGUGAAAAAGCUGGUGAGGAGGUUGAGAGUUGAUUUACAUGAGACAGCAGCAACCUGGUGCUUCGCUUCUUUAGCACAGCUAGCAAGAGUUGCCUCUCCCAUGUUCGAAAUGUUCAAAGCUUUAGAACUUGGUCCACAAUUUGCACAUUCUGUGUCUUGGUCUUUCUCAUGCCAUGCCAUAGGCUGUGCAUGUCCAAGCAAAGUCAGAUGUUAUUAAGUUGUCAUUUUCCUGGCAUUGUGCGAAUUUACUUCCCGUACAGUACAAGUUGCAACUCAAAUAGAUUUAUCUUGAUCUUAACUAAACCACAUAUUAUACACGUGUUUUGAAGCAAAUUUUAUGGGUUUAUAUUUCCAAAACUUCUGGAGACCUGGAAAUUAAAAUUUUCAAAUUCCAUGGUAUUUACAGGUUUUUCAUAACCAUACAAGACUUGCUGAUAUCAGGGUUAAGGGAGUGUGUCAGAUGAUCCAGACAAGACCUACUUUUUCUGUGGUGGCAAUAAUCAACUCUAACACUAUAAGCAUUAUGUAGCCAGUUCUUUUAUAUCAUUGGACCUUGAAAGCUCCUCUGCAUGGCAAGUUUAAAAUCUGAGAGGUUAAUACUGAUUAGAGAGUUGCUCUAUAUUUAUUUGCGCAAUUUUAUUGUGCUCACCAAUAAAUUCUGUGACUUGGGAUCUCAGUUAUUCAGUGAGCUGCACAUUUUGAGGAAAAAGUAAAUGUGGUGACUGCACCAGGUACUUAAGUAAUUGUCUGGUCACAGAAUGUCAGGUGUAUUCAGAUGUUCCUGUUCACCUACUGUGAUAAAAUACUGUUUUUUUUAUUUUAUUUUUUGUUGCCUAAAUCAGUGUGCUCUUCCCAUUUGAACUGGUUCUAAUGUGCCCCUUCAACUAAAGGAACUUUGUAGCAGACCAGCACAAAGACGUGGUGGCGCCAUUUUGUAAGUCUUGCCCACAAAAUGGCUGUGUGAAACAUAUUAACCCUUUAAAGACCAACCACGUCCAGUCCAGCAGACAAGUAACCAGGUCUGAUGGAGCAUCACAGUAUCUUACACAAACAACAUCAGCACAGUGGUCCUGAAACUGCACAGAGGAGCACUGCACCCGCACUGAAGACUUCAACGACCAGCUCAGCACAAGUAGUACUGUGUGUCUGCCUCAACACUAGAGUCGUGUAGGAGCAGCUGCAGCAGCAAGGAGGCAACCGCGGUGCAGUCGCCCGGAAGGAGUCGUGCUACCGCCCCGCCAGGCUCUGGUAGUGACAACCACAGAACAUGAAGGGGCGGGCUCUCUUGGAUCCCCCUCACCUUGUUAUUGGUUGUAAGCAGAUAGUUGCAUAACGUAUGCACAAUUACGGCCACAUUGUCUGAAAAUGCGCAAAUAACGACAAUGGAGGCGGAACUGGAUCUAGCGCAGAUAGCCGGAGUAUAACAAGCUAUAUAGCCCACUUCGCACUGAAAAAAUACGACGGUUUUAGACUGAACGACCCUCAUCGAGUUAUAGUCCAGAAAGAAUAAAGGUCGCCAGAGUGUGUUUCUCAGGAAAGACGGAAGCCAUUGGUAAGGAGAAGAGACGCUUUAUCCGUGUACUCUCAUAGAAAGCCAAGAUGUAAAUUUCCUUUCAACCGAGUCCUCGAAGCGUUUAUGGCAACAAUGUAGCCGAGAAACUACAAAGGAAAUGUGGCGAAGCACGCAACAGCAGCACGGAGCGUUGAUCUGGAUUGUGUUGGCCUAACUUCUGGUCCUUGCAGAGAAUGGCUCAUGGGUGGGAUUCAUACUUCCAUAACCUGCCACCUCUGGCGUCAGAUCCAAGCACUGUGAGGACAUCAGAGUCGGACGGAAAUCUUUCUCCACAUAUAGAGAACUUCACUGGACAUCAUGACUUCCCUGGCACAGUGGCUUCACAUGAAGCCCCAGCAACAAACUCAAACUUCAACACUAACUUUUACUCAAAUCCCAGUAUUGGAAAUUCCAGUUCAGACUGUGUAUAUCAAAAAUACUUCAAGGAUGCUCCAUGGCAAGCUGAUGGAGAGCAAAUGGAAAAAGAGUACUUACCAAGAUGUGGAAAUGGUGUUAUAGAUUUCGCCACAGAUGGAUUAUCAGCAUCAGAAUCAUUUCCUUCGUCUUUUCCUGCAGAUUUCCAAGGACUGAAGCAAGACUGUGGAAUACUAGCUACAUCAUUUCUUGAGGACUACUCAGAUGUCAGUAGCUGUUCAGACGCAGAUAUUGGUGAAACAAGGCCUUCUUGUAAAUUCAUGGGAAGUAAUUCACUUCCAAAAACUAAAACUGACAUCUCUGUAAAACAGAGCUCAUCAGAAUGGCUUUUCACUCAUCCUGGAAAUAUGACAUUUCCGCUCGAGAGUCCACGCCCUGUUAUGUCAGAGACUAGUGUAAUUUUGCCAAGUCCAUCAAAUGUGAAGGCAGAAGAAAACAUAAUUGAAUGUGCACAAGACAAGAUGGAAAGUCCGGAAGACACUGCCAAAUAUGAUACAGGACACAGUCAGUCUUCUAAAACUCCAACCCUGGUGACAACUACUGGCAGUGAGACUGUGAAGGAUAGAAAUGAAUGUGAUGGUUCUGAAGAUCAGAAACAAAAGGACUAUAAGGAGAGAGAUCUCACUCAAGGAGAGUAUUCAAAUAUCUUGAUAAGUGUCCAUGAAAACUUGACUGUUGAUGGAUUAGAGAAGUACCCAGAUGGCAGUUUGGAGGGGUCAGUCACUGCAAAUGCUCCAAACAUAUUGGCUGCAUUUAAUAAUGAGCAAGAUCACUUUGAUGGAGAAGUUUUAAGAAAGGAAAUGAACCAACCAUUCAGCCAAGUAAAUGUGGGGCUUGAUAAUUCCGGCUCCACAGAUGGUCAAGAUAGAAAUAUGAAAGAGGAUGAGCAGGACCAAAGUGAAGUGCUAAGAGGGAAGAGAAAAGAAUCAGGCUCAUUUGAAAAUGAGAACUUUGGAAAGCAGAAAUCCCCAAAUGCCAACUCCACUGUAUGUCAAGAUGAAAAUAUGGAAACUGACUAUCAGGAGAAAGAAAUUCAGUCAAAUAUUUGUCAGUCUUCAGAUCCACAGGGUAUCAAGGUGUUCGAUUGUAAUGAUGCUAUUCAUGAGCUCAUUGAAUGUACAAAUACCUUGAAAAGAGAAAGUCACGUUCAAACCUGUUUGCAGAUAUCUGAGCAUCAGUCUUGCGAAAGUGUAGCUCAGGUCAAUAUUUGUAGCAGCCCUGCUGUGAUGAGGGAUGGUGUUUUCAGUGAUGCCACUGACAAAAAUGAGCAAAGUGUUGCAGGUCAUUUCAAAACAUGCUUGGAGCCAAAUUGCUCAAACACAGAGCAAAAUCCAUGUCUCGAAAAAGAAUGGACAAGUGCAGCAGAAAAGACAAAUGCCACUUCUUUGCAAGAUCCAGGGUGCAAUGGUCCUGGUAUCUCUAGUGACUGUGGUUCUAUUGACCCUAGCACCAAGAACAAGCUAGGUAUUGCUAGCUAUGUAGAAUCCUACUCAGAGCCGCAUAGCCCCAGCACAGACAUAAAUCCCAGUCUAGAAAAGAAAGUUACAAGUCCAUUAGAGAAGACUAUAAACCCUCCUAUGGAUGCAGAUUGUACUGGCCCUGUUGUGACUAAUGACACUAAAGAGCAAAGUGUUUGUAAUAGUUUACAAUUUUGCUUACAGUCAGACACCUCGUGCACAGACAUAAAUCCCUGUCUGGAAAAAAACUGGACAAGUCCAGAAAAGAAUACUAAUACAGCCUCUUCUCCAGAUCGGCAGACGUCCCUACAUCAAACUCCAGUGGCCCUAAAACCAGAAAGUCUUGGUGGAGAUGUUGCUGAAAAUGCUACAGAGUCAUUUGAAGAGAUGGAAACAUGUACAGAGGAACCACCAGUGCUUGACAUCCUGUAUGGUGAGCCUCUGUCAAGAGAAGACUCUUCAUGUGACUAUGAUGAAACAAAACAUGACACUAGGCAUUCUGAAGACACUUCUUUGGUCCAACCUGAUGGUAACGGCAUGAAUCAAUCAGAAGAACUAGGGCCUCAGCUGAAAUCCUCUAUGCAAAUGAGUAAAUAUCUGCAACCUGUUGUAGUAUUGAAAACCUUAGAGUCAGGAAAUGGAAUGAGUAACUCCUAUCAUUGUGGAGCUUGCCAACACACAACCAACAGCGUAGAUCAUCUAAUUGAACACCACUAUUGUUGCCAUUCAGUGUACAAUUUCCACUUUUGCAAAACUUGUAAUCUCUGCCUGAUGAGGAAUGAUGAUGCUGAAAAACAUUGGUGUGAUGUGACCAAAGAAAGCCCUCAGCUUCCUUCUGAUUUGAGCCAACAGAAAAAAAAAGGUUUUGAGCGCCAUGGGUGCAAUCGAUGUGGGCUCAUGUUUUCAAAAUCAUAUCAGUUUAUCAAGCAUAUGCGAACACACACUGGCAAAACGCCUUUUAAGUGCAAUGAAUGUGGAAUAUAUUUUGCACAUGCUGGUAGCCUGCAAAGACACCAGGUUACACCUGGUAGAUGCAAGCAGACAAAAAUUCCAGUUACAAAUCUUGAUGCUCUCAGCGAAACUAAAAUGCCACCACCAAAGGAAUUGGUAUCGAAAAAAACAUAUGCAAAACUACCAGAAUGUUGUGUAAAGCUUGUUGACAUCUGCAAAACGAAUAUGUGCAAUGUCUGUGGUAAAAGCUUCUCAACUGCAGAGAAGGCCAAAAAGCACUUCUACAACAUACACAAGGGAAAGAAUUUAGACCUUUCGCCAAGUCAGUCUACUACAAAACUUUGUGAUGAGAAAAGUCAAAAAGAAAGGACUGAGACCAGAGGAAAAUGUAAAUGUCCUCUUUGUCCACGGCUUUUCAAGUACUCAUACAACAGGGCUCGACAUUUGCGUGACUGUGUCAGAGAAGCAAUAUUUGGUGGCAAGGAAAAAGUUGCUGGAAAAUAUCGAUGCCCCUUGUGUCACACUACCUUCACUUUACCAUCCAACCGAAUUAGACAUAUUAACACAUCUUGCCUCAGAGAAUGUGUUAAUCGGCUUGCAAAAGAGAGGGCUGAAGAGAAGAAAACAAAGGAGACUGAACAAAAACAAUCAGAUGAAAAUGAACAGAAAACAUUGUCAAAGGAAAAUGAACAGAAAAAUCAAGCACCCCCAGCACUAAUGGCCCCAAAGACUUGUAAAACAGUACCACGUUACAAAUGCAACCUUUGUCCUGCAGUUUUUUGUCAUCCUUCUGGAAAAUACAGACAUAUGAAGAAACAUGAGUUGUUUAGACUCACUGGCAAAAUGUUCAGGUACAGGAAUUCGGUUUUCUCUAUCAUGUCGAAACCAACAACUUUAAGUACUACAAAGACUGAAGAGAGUAAAGAUGACUUCAAACCAGAUGAAGUAAAAAGUUGUCAAUUUUGUGGACAGUGUUUCAGCACAUCACAGUCACUGAAGAAACAUGAGCACAAUCACAAAGGUGAAAGGCCAUAUCGCUGUCUGGAAUGUGGAAAAGGAUUCAAGAAACGUGCCUACCUGUUUGGUCAUAAAAUUGUUCACCAGAGGAGGAUACAGUGCACUGUCUGCAGAAAGAUUCUUCCAACUGUUAGAGAACUGAUCCAGCACAGAAGCUCGCAUCUAAAAAAGGGAAAGCUUCAAUGCCCUGACUGUCAUCUACAGUUCCAGUAUCCUGCAUAUCUCCUCAGACAUCUAGACAGCCACAAAAAUAGAGAAAACAAGGCAGCUCGGCUUGAAGAGAGACAACUGAAACCACAACAGUCCUUGGAAUCUGUGAAUGAGGAGAGUGGAUCAAAGCAGCUACAGUGUUCCUUAUGCAAAGAGAUGUUUAAUGAUGCUCAAGUACUAAGAAAGCAUUGUCUUACACAUAUAUCUGGGUCUUCAUCAAACCAGUGUCCCUUUUGCAAACACAAUUUCACGAGUCGUCGAUAUUUGCUGCGCCACAUGAUCAAACAUACUGGAGACAAACCCUUUUCCUGCACCAACUGUGGAAAACAGUUUUACCGUGACAUUUACCUUAAACUUCAUAGUAAACAUUGUUUCCUUGCUCAAACCAAACUUGUAACAUUGGAGUCUGACGUUAAGACAAAGAAGUCACAUCAGUGUUCCUAUUGUCCACGCAAGUUUUCAAAGAAAAUCCGCCUGAAAAAUCAUCACCGUGGCCACAAGAUAAACUCUCUGUUGCUGUGCUCAAAAUGUGGGCAGUACUUUGGAUAUACAAAGUUAAGCCAUCAUCAAAAGAACUGCAUAGAGACAGAGCACAACACUGGCUUAUCAUCUUUGAAUAGCGAUAACAGCAAAAGCACUUCUCAGACAGACCAGAAUGUUGAUACAUUGGCUUUUCAGACCAGUGCAACAAAUAAACUUCAUUUCAAAUGCCCUCACUGUACGCAGAGGUUCAGGUACAGAUCGUUACUCUUGAGACAUCUUGUUUCACAUACAGGUUUGCAACCAUAUGCAUGUGUGCACUGUGGCCACAGAUAUCGAAGUCAAACAAUGUGUUUGCAGCAUGAGGCUUUCUGUGAUGGCAUUUACAAAGAGGAGCAGUCAAAAGUCAAAAUAGGUGCAGCACAACAAUUGUCACACAUGCCUACUCUCAGGGAGGCAGCACAGAAGCCCCACGCAGAAAGUGAAGCUGAGUACAAGUGCAAAUUCUGCACCAAGACUUUCAUGAAACCACGAAACCUCAGACGUCACAUUUUGACGCAUAAUGAAGUGAAGCCUUAUCGCUGCAAAGCCUGUGACAGCUGCUUUUCAAGGUAUGAUCAUCUGAAAGUACAUCAGGCUCGUUGCAAAGGGAAAAGAUCACGUUUGGAAGUCUGUAUUCCCAAAGUCAGUUUAGAUGAUGUUGGCACAGGUUGGCGAAAUAAGUUUGGUAUUGAGCCUGCUGAAAAGCAGGAGUCAUUUGACUGUAAAAUCUGUUCAAGGAGCUUCUCAACUCAGUCUAAGCUUUCUCGACAUAACACUAUGUUUCAUGUUACAAAAUUAUUCAAGUGUACAGGCUGUGGCUCAUCAUUCUCUCAUGAAAAAUCUCUGAAGAAGCAUAGGAAGAUGAGAAGGUGCAGAAAGGUCUUGAGAAAAGCAAAUGCUUCCCUACCACUGGAAACUAAUCCAUCAACAGAAAAUGUGACAGCACCUCUUGAUGGUGUGAGAAGUCGAAUUCUUCAGAGAAUCCAGCCUCAUUUCAACAAAAAGUACAAAUACAUCUGUAAUUACUGCCCCCGUGCUUUUGGAAACAGCUAUCAAUUAAGCGUGCACACCCGCCUGCACACAGGAGAGAGGCCAUUUGCUUGUGAUUAUUGUGGUCUGAGAUUUAUUAGGAAGGAUUAUUUGCAACGCCACUUCCAAAAGUGUCCUAAAAAAACACAGCAAAAUAAAAUCCCCUGUGACAAAUGUGGAGGAUUUUUCCCACAAGCCAAGCUUGAAAAUCACAAAAAAAGUUGUACUUCAACAUCCAGCUCAUCGUCAACAGUGUGCAAAAGUCAGCAGUCAGCCUCUCAGAGCCCACAAAAGGGCUUUUCUUGUGCAUACUGUAGUUCCCGUUUUGUGCUAUUUUCACAACUGCAGGAGCAUUUUUUAAAUGCACACAAGAUGGAAACAAUGACUCCACCAGUGUCUACUGCUCCCUUACAACACCAUCUGUCAAAUAUACCAAAAAUCAAAGAGGAGCCUUUGGAUGAGAGUUGUGAUGAACGACUUGGUGAUGGUGGUAAUUUAAUCUGUAAACUAGAUACAGCUCUUGCUAGUGAGGUCCCCAAACCAUUUUCCUGCCCAGACUGUAACAUGUCCUUCAUAACUAAAGCUGGACUAACUUCUCAUCUGCGUGUACAUUCAAGGGAGUCUGCUUUUAGGAAAUGUAAAUUUGAACAUAUUUCAGAGAGAAAUACAACUCAACAGCUGGAAGUACCUUUGAAAGCAGAGCUUGAUUUCGCACUAAAUGACUCUGUUUUAGUGUUCAAAGAAGGCUCCAAAACAACUGGAACUGGGGUUUUGCAGACAAACUUCUCCUGCAAAGAGGACUUAAUGGAUGAAUCCUCACAAAAUUCGGAAGAUAGUGAGGUGAAAGACGGCUCUAGCAAGGAGACAAAAGCUGUGCAGUAUCAAUGUUCAGAAUGUGAUAAGAGCUUCACAGAUGGCUUAAUGCUCAUUAGUCACCUUGAAGACCAUGGGAGAGAGGAACAAAAGAAAAAGCACAACACGUGUAAUAAAUGCGGACGGGUGUGCUCUAGCCAAGGACAUCUCGAAAAACACUUGAAGAUGCAUGGAAUUCAUAAGAAAUACUCUUGCAAUGACUGCUCCAAGAUGUUUUAUACCUCAUCUGAUCUUGAAGUCCACAGAACAUGUCAUGACCUGAGUAGACCUUAUGCUUGCAAACUGUGUAAUCAAAGGUUUUUGACAAGACCAUCUUUAUGUAAUCAUUACAGUGAAGACCAUCCAGAUGAUGUAUUCACUUGUCGUUUCUGUCACAAGACUUACGCAGUCAAAAAGUCACUGGCUAGACACUAUAGAAAAUGGCAUCAAAAAGAGCAGAAUGAUCAUGGGAGAACUGUACAGGAAAAGCGGAGCACUGAAAAACAAUCCAGCAGUCAAGUCAGUACAACUGGUGAAAGUGAUGAGGAUGAAAAUAAUGGCAGUGAGGACAGCGACUCAGACUCUGCACCGUACUUCCCAUGCCAUGUGUGUGGCAAGACGUUCUCAACAUCAGAAAGUCUUGAGGAUCAUCAGAGGUGUCACUUGGGUGAAAAACCACAUGAAUGUGCAGAAUGUGGUAGAUGUUUUUUCCAGGCAUCCCAGUUGCAGCAACAUCAACGAAUGCACCAGUCUGAAUUUCAGUGCCAGGCAUGUGGCAGAGGUUUUGUCUCUCUCUUUGCACUUCGUAAACAUAAGCAUACUCAUGGCAAGAGCCGCCCAUACCGUUGUUCCAAGUGUCACUUCAGCUUUACAGGACCCUCACAGUUAGCAGAACAUAUGUCCACCCACCGUGAAGAAAACUUCCCAUGUGACAUAUGCAAUCGUGUGUUUCUCUCCAAGAGCAGCAGAGCUGAGCAUCGGAAAAACCACUCUAAGUCAGUUGACCAUCAUCCUAAUUCAAUUUCAAGGGAGGAACAUAAAGCAUCUGCUUCCCAAGAACUUAAAUACCGCUGUGGUGUUUGCAGUGAGCGUUUCAGAGACCCAGAGAAGCUCUCAGAGCAUGGUUGCAUGGCAGCCAAAGAACGACCGUACUCAUGUUUGGACUGCAAUAAACAUUUCCUGCAUGCAUCUCACCUGAAAAAGCAUAGGACUACCCAUCAACUAUCACGGUCUACCAGUGAAUAUGCAUGUGAUCAAUGCAACAAGAGUUUUCCUUCCUCCCAGCAGUUCCUCAGCCAUCUUAACAGCCAUGUUGAUACUGCAGCAGGAAUUCAACGUAAGACUGAAACUAAAGAUUGCGGUCCUUCACAUGGUUUCAUAUGUCCAGUUUGCCUUCAGCGUUUUGGUAGUGCCACUGAAUUGAUUAGUCAUUUUCCCACACAUUCUGAUGGUACAUUUAAAUGCAAAAUUUGUAAAAUAACAUUUUCCUCUCAAGAUAGGCUUGAUGAACAUGAGCACGGUCAUCAGACAUCAUCUACUCAGUUUUCAUGUUCAGUGUGUGGCCAGAGCUUUUUGGGGAGCGAUUCUUUCCUCCAGCACCACUGUUCCCCUCGACAGCAUGCAAUAAUGGAGAAUGAAAACUCAAAUCCGUCAGCUAAGACAUCUCCAACUUAUCAUCAAGCACCAGGAGAGGAGGAAGAGAUUGAUGUUACAGGAGAGGAGUUAUAUAAUUGCCCUGUUUGCUCAAAGCAGUUCUCCUCAAAAAGUGGUCUGUUGGCACAUCAAAAUCAACAGCACCCAAAUGAGAAGCCAUUCAGAUGUGAGCUUUGUGGAAAAACAUUUGCCCUGAGGCGGUACCUUAAAGAACACGAGCGAAGACAUCGUCAAAAAUCAGCUGCUCAGAAUACAGCUCAGUCAGCACAACAGAAGCUCAAAUGUACGAAGUGCAACAGUGAAUUCAGUACAGCUCAAGAUCUGUCUUUGCAUAUGAGAUUUCAUGCUGAAAAGGAAGUUGGAGAGUACCGCUGUGAUAUGUGCUACAAGUCAUUCAGCCAGCGGUCUCUCCUGAAGCAGCACCAAGAAAGUCAUGUUGGCCAAGUUGUAUAUGAAUGCAAUGAAUGUGACAAAGCCUUCGCUUUUCCUCACCUGUUGGAAGAACAUCAGCAGACUCAUGCUGGGUCCUCACAGUAAUGGUUGUGACAUAACAUCUUCCCUCUGAGUAACUGAAGUAACUUGAAAUCCCUUUCAUGCCUUACAUCUGACUGUACCUCCACUUGUAAUCCUAAUUUGGAUCCAGUUUGUAUUUUUGGCCCUUGUUGCAUACUUGCAAAGGUCAAAGGCUCAUGUUAUUAUGACAGGGCAUCUUUUGUUCUGAGUUUCUAUUUACAUUGUAUAUAUUUCUAGUUCUAAUAUUGGAAUUGUAUACUGUAAAUUAGCUACAUAGUUUGACAGUGUAUGUAAAUCAUCAUUACAAAAUUUGGAUAAAACUGAGUGUUGAUAUUGCCUGUAAGGCUGCUUAUGAAAGGAUAAGAUGUUCAUGAAAUGUCUUGUAUAUAGGCUGGAUUUUUUUGAUCAGUGGUCAUUCAUGUCAUUUCUUUAGUUUUUGAGAUUUUAUGUUUAAGUAGUUUUUAGUCUGUUAUGUUUACAAUAUCUACAAUUCGAACUGUUCAGUUUAAUCUGGUAUUUUCUAUGACUAUUUGUGUACUAUAGAUAAUUUUGUAAUUUUCAGUUGAACAGUUUAUCAUGGAUUGCAUUUUUGAUAUUGAUAAAAAAUAUUGUACAGACAUUUGAAAGAUCCUCUAACUGAAUAUUGUUUUCACAAUCCAAGGAUGUUACUUUUCUUAUGGAAUUUGAGUUGAUACAUGCGGUUAAUGAGUAAAGUCAACCAGAAAUGA